AUGGAGAAUGGAAGAGCCGAUCGACUUGACUUGCUGCCUCUUGGUCCUGAGAUAAUUUUGAUUUCCGAUAGACUGUUAAUGCUUGCGAAGAACCACACACUGCGGAAGAAUCAAGACGUUGUUGCAACAUUAUUGCAGAAUUGUAACAUUCCGCCAUCCAUGGACGUGCAGCGUUCACUCCAAGCCACGUGUGAAGAGCUUGGACAGCUGCUUUUGAUCCUGAGAGGCCAUAAUCGUCGACAGCGGGCGUGUGAAGGUUUAGUGCUGGUGGUGUGUGAGGUGCUGAGCCUCGUGCAAACCACACCAUACACGUUGAGCUAUGGAAGGAGGCCUUGGAUGAAAGAGGAGAAGACGGAGGCUCGUUAUGAUUGUGCAAUGGACAUUGCAUACCAAUUCAUGGAUCGUUGGGGAGUUUGUCUUGCGCAAUGUGCGCGUUCCAGUGAUUGUCGAUCGUUCGCGAUUGGUUCAACAAUGUCCCGGUUAGAGAGAAUGAUUGUUAAAUGCUCAAGUGAUAUGAAACGUCUUCACAAUUACAUGCUUCAGUAUGAGCAAGAGAUGAAAAAUGCUACUGAAGAAUGGGCAGAAACGAUGAUAAAGUGUCGCCAUGACUUGGAACCACAGUGGAUUAAUGCCAAAGAGCGGGAUUGGAAGGUCUAUGACGAUACUUUCCAUAGAACUAAAGCAGUGCAGAUGAAGUUUGAGGAGAACAAGAAUGCGCGCAACUCCCUUAUGCACUACGCACAAGAACAAGAACUGCGCAGCAAGUUUUAUCGAGCUACAUUAAGGUUGAUACGUGUUGCUACCCAACAAUCGAGCAUCUACAUCGAGCAGGAGCAACAUCUGCAGAUGGCGUCGGACGAAACAAUUAACGUGCUUGGAAAUGAGAUAUUGGAACACAUGGAUACUUUCUGUAGUGCGCUCCAGGAUGUCAUGGUGCCAAAUUUGCGAUAUCACGGAGAUGUGUCUGGACGAACGGACAUAACUGGAGACAUGACAGCCCUAAUGCGCAUGAAAAGUUGUCUGAACAAAAUGCGACCUCAGGGUGCCUUUUAUGCAGCGCAAUUUCCCGUGUUUGUGUCGGCCUGCAAGCAGGUGAUGUUAUACUAUGGUAUUGAUCGUCCGAUCAGAAGCUUUCAAACCUUUUGCAAACAGAAAGAAGACACCUUGACGCUUGAGAAAUUGAGAUGA